GCUUGCGCGCUGCAGUCGUGCUUGAACAAGAACACAUAUAGCCCGGACAAAUGCGAGGCACACCUGCGCAAGCUUUACAGGUGCUGCUGGGACAUGUACAAGCGGACGGACGCGCAGGGCGAGUCCACCGCGUGCCCGAUGCCCAAGGUCGUGCGCCGGUGGUUGAAGGACCACGGAGAGGACGCCGAGUAG